CCAAAGGCGCGGGCAAGUACAAUAUUUGCCUCUCAACACCUAGAGCAUCGAGACAAAAUCUCCCCUGUUCCUCUCCCGCCACUCAGAAUCUAAGCCUUCUUCUUCGCUGCCGCCUUCGCCUUCGCGGCCUUCUUCCGGUUGCUGCGAAUCAUGACCACGCUGAGGAACGACCCCACCACCGCAGAGCCGAGGAGGAGCAGGAUGACGGGUAUCCGGAUGGCCCACACGCGCGGGAAGAAGAAGUUCUGGAGGGGAUGGUCCGAGUCGACGAAGGGCUUUUCUCAGGAAGAGUCGACGGAGACCAACCACGCUGUUUCUCUCCCGACAAACUCUUCUCCAAGCCAUCAUCACAACUAUUCCAAGAUGGCUUCCACGGAGACCAUGUCUCCAGCGCACAAACUGGGGCGUGAUCGCUCUCCUCCAUCACGGCCUCGCUCUCCCCGACGGGAUCGUGACCCUCCGCGACGCGAUGGCGGCGACAGCUAUCGACCGGCACGCGGUCGCCCCGCGAAGAAGGAGCGCUCGCCGCCGCCGCCUCCCCCGGCCAGGACCGAGGAGGAGAAGCAGGCAGCCGCCAAGGCCGAGUACGAGAAGCUCCUGACGAUGCGAAGCGGAGGCACCUACAUCCCCCCGGCACGGCUGCGGGCUCUCCAGGCCCAGAUCACGGACAAGACGAGCAAGGAAUACCAGCGCAUGGCGUGGGACGCGCUGAAGAAGAGCAUCAACGGGCUGAUCAACAAGAUCAACGUCGCGAACAUCAAGGCGAUUGUCCCGGAGCUCUUCGCCGAGAAUCUCAUCCGCGGCCGGGGCCUGUUCUGCCAGAGCAUCACGAAAGCCCAGGCGGCGAGCUUGCCCUUCACUCCGAUCUACGCGGCCAUGGCUGCCAUCGUCAACACCAAGCUACCCCAGGUCGGAGAGCUCCUGGUCAAGAGGUUGGUGUUGCGAUUCAGGAAGGCGUUCCGGCGCAACGACAAGGCAGUGUGCCUGGCCACAACGACCUUCAUCGCACAUCUGGUCAACCAGCAGGUCGUGCAUGAGACCGUGGCCGCGGAGAUGCUGAUCCUCCUACUGGAGAGGCCCACCGACGAUAGUGUGGAGAUCGCUGUUGGCCUGACGAGAGAAGUCGGCCAGCACCUCGAGGAGAUGAAUCCCGAUAUUGCGAGAAUUGUCUUCGAUCGGUUCCGAGGCAUCCUUCACGAAGCUGAUAUCGACCGCCGGGUGCAGUACAUGAUUGAGGUUUUGUUCCAGGUGCGCAAGGACAAAUUCAAGGACAAUCCGGCGAUCAAGGAAGAGCUAGACUUGGUUGAAGAGGAGGACCAGAUUACUCACCAGAUUUCCCUUAACGGGGAGGUCGAAGGGCAAGAUACACUGAACAUCUUCAAGUUCGACGAGCAGUGGGAGGAGAACGAGGAAGCCUACAAGAAACUCAAGAAUGAGAUCCUUGGCGAGGGUAGCGACUACGAAGAUGACGAAGAUGAAGACGACGACGAAUCGUCCUCUGAAGAAGAGGAAGGAGAGCAGAAGGCCCUGGAGAUCAAGGACCAGAGCAAUGCGGAUCUGAUAAACCUACGACGUACCAUCUACCUCACCUUGCAGAGCAGCGCGGACCCAGAGGAGGCCACACACAAACUUGUCAAGCUUCGGCUCCCUCCCGGCCAGGAAACCGAAUUGGUGUCGAUGGUGGUCGAGUCCUGUGCCGAGGCGAAGACGUACGUGAAGUUCUACGGCCUAAUCGCGGAACGUAUCUCCCGCCUAAACCGCAUGUGGAUGGAUCUCUUUGAGGAGUCCUUCGUCAAGUACUACGACAUGAUACACCGGUAUGAGACCAACAAGCUCAGGAAUAUUGCUUGCCUGUUCGGCCAUCUGCUCGCGAGUGACGCCAUUGGUUGGCAUGUCCUCUCGGUCAUCCACCUAAACGAAGAGGAGACGACCUCUGCCAGUCGUAUCUUCAUCAAGAUUCUGUUCCAGGAUGUUGCAGAGAACAUUGGCAUGGCCAAGCUGCGAGCCAGGAUGGCUGACGAGGCCCUUCAACCGAGCUUCCAGGGCAUAUUCCCGCACGACAACCCGCGUAACAUCAGGUUCUCGAUCAACUAUUUCACGUCCAUCGGCAUGGGCGUCCUCACCCAGGAGAUGCGAGACUUCCUCCAGAACAUGCCGAAACCGGCCCUACCUGCACCGGUCGUUGCGCACCAUUCCGACUCGGAGUCCGUCUCCAGCUAUUCUUCAUACACAAGCUCGUCCUAUUACUCCCGCUCUCCAUCGCGCUCUCGAUCCCCACCACGUAGAGUUGCUGGUCGGGCACGUUCGUACUCGCCAACUCCGCCGCCGCGCGGCAAUAGGAACCGCUCCUACAGUCGCGGCCGCAGCCCUAGCCGCUCCAUCUCCCCGGACCGGCCCGCCUCCCGCUCUCCCCGGCGAGAUCGCCGGAGGGACUCGCGGUCCGUUACCCCCCCGCCUGCCAGAGCGCGCCCCCAGCGAAGGCCGAGCUACUCCCGCUCGCCCACCUACUCGCGGUCGCCGCCUCCCCGUGCACGCCGUGGCCGCAGCCCGUCAGGCUCGCGCUCGCGCUCCCCGCCGCCCCCCGCCGCGCGGAGGAGAAAUACCUCCUCCGUCAGCAGCAUCCGGCCCCGGGCCACCCGUCGGGACUCAUACUCGGCCUCCCCGCCGCCCCGCCGCAGAGGACGGAACACCUCGCCGUCCGUCAGCGCCAGCCCCGAGCCCCGGCCCUCGCGGCGCAACAGGAGCUACAGCAGCCGCUCCGCGUCGGCGUCGCCGCCACCGCCCGCCCGGGUGCCCCUGCCGCGCGAUUCGAUGCCGUCCCGGUCCCCCCCCGCUCCAGGGCGCGGUGGAAGGCGGAACGGCGGCCGUAGGGAGUCUCUGUCUAGGUCUCCGACGCCGCCGUCUGGGCGGGGCGGGAGGCGUGGCGGCAGAGGAGGAGGAGGAAGGGGAGGACCGCCGCCUAGACGUCGGGCUUCGAUCUCGCCUUCGCGUUCGCCGAGCCCAGCCGCGGCGGGGAAGAGGAGACGGCUUAGUAGCUCCAGGUCACCGUCGCCGCCUCCUACUAAAAGGGGGCGGGUGGCGGGUUAAAAAGGGGGAGAAGGGAUGGUCGUGGAGAGUGUAUGUGUAUUUAUUUGACUAGGUUGCAAAUGGUCGGGGAUGAGAGGUGGAAAUGGUCGAGAGAUGGAUCCCAGGAAGGGGCAUUAGCUUUUACGCUUGUUUCCAUACCAAGAGCGAGACUGUUACCAAGUUGAUAAUCUUCGGAACGCGUUGUAGUUUACCAAGAAAGCCACAAAACCAGUCGGCUAGACCUCCUGCGUUCGGGGCUUUUCGGGGUUUUUCUUGCCAGAAAGGCCUAGGACAAUUCUUUAUCUCAAGUUCAUCCCGUGUAACGAUCAUCGAAAUUAUUCACGUGUGCGUAGAAGUAGAAACCAUUAGA